AUAAAAAAAUGCUGAUCUCAACUGAAAGGAAACCAGUGGAACACAGCCCUUCUGUUAAUCAAAUUGAAGGGGAUUAUCUGGAUUACUACUUACAGUCUUCAAACCACCUCCAGCACCAAUUCCUAUGAUAAAAUAGAAGAAAAAUGUCUGCACAAAGUGGUAAAGUCCAAACUGUACUGGGCCUUGUUGACCCGAACCAACUUGGACGCACCCUGACCCAUGAACACCUGACCAUGACCUUCGAGUUCUGUUUCCAGCCACCACCGCCUGGCCAGGAGUCCCUUGCUGAUGCACAAAUUGAAAUGCAGAACCUGUUCUGGUUAAAACAGAACCCCUACAGCAGCAAGGAAAACCUGCUGCUGAACCAGGAGACGAUGGCUGUGAAAGAGGAGCUCCUGCAGUUCAAGAGAGCAGGUGGUGGCACCAUCGUGGAGAACACUACCACCGGGAUCCACAGAGACGUGAAGACUCUGAAGUGGCUGUCACAAGAGACAGGGGUGCAUAUCGUAGCUGGGGCUGGCUACUACGUGUUUGACACUCAUUCCAGUGAGACUCGCAGCAUGUCCGUUGAGAAGCUGACAGAUAUUAUUGUCAGUGAAAUUGAACAUGGAGCUGAUGGCACAGAUAUCAAGUGUGGUGUAAUUGGAGAAAUUGGGACGUCCUGGCCUAUAAGUGAGAGUGAGAAAAGGGUUCUGCAGGCCACAGCCUGCGCGCAGUCUCAGCUCGGCUGCCCCGUGAUCAUCCAUCCUGGAAGGAACACUGAGGCACCCUUCCAGGUAAUCCGUAUACUGCAAGAAGCAGGGGGCGAUAUCUCAAAAACUGUGAUGUCUCAUUUGGAUAGGACAAUAUUUGAAAGUGAGAAACUGCUGGAGUUUGCCAAGCUUGGAAGUUACUUGGAGUAUGAUCUUUUCGGUACAGAAAUGCUCAACUAUCAUUUCAAUCCUGACGUGGAUAUGCCAAGUGACAGUGAAAGAAUUAAAAGACUUUGUCUACUGAUAGGUGAAGGUUUUGAAGACAGAAUCGUAAUUGCCCAUGAUAUACACACCAAAAACAGGUUAACUAAAUUUGGUGGUCAUGGAUAUUCUCACAUCCUAACCAACAUUGUCCCAAAAAUGCUUCAAAGGGGCAUCACCCAGCAUGCUGUUGACAACAUUUUAGUGGAAAACCCCAAACGCUGGUUAACUUUUAAGUAAUCAUAUAUUUGAAUGUAAGAACAAAUAGUAGUUCAUGUUUUUACAAAGUGCAAACUGCAAUAAAGAGAAAUGUAACCAUACCUUUAAUCAUUAAAUCAUAGUCCUUGACACCAAAAAUUAUUUUGGUUAUAAAUGCAUGCCAACAUUUCAGUGUCUUUGAUCAGCACUGCCACCAUUGUAUCACGACAAAUCUUACUGACAGAUCCUGUUUGUCGCUAAAUUCCUAAUAAAAUACUGUAUGUUUUCUAAAUGUACAGUUCAAAUGGA